UACUAUCUGGAUCAGCAUAAAAAACUCAUCAAAACUUCGAAUAUUUUUUCACACGGACCUCAGUGGGCCAAAGCUCGAAGAAGAUUCUAUUGCUAAUCGUCGCCACGGAUCCUAGCUAGAAGAUUGUCGUCGUAGUUCUCUAUGAGGAUGUACAACAAGUCAUUUGGUACAGCAAAGAGUUUCGUGGUGUUUCUGGUUCUCGUGGAGGGAUGGAUCAGCGUUUCUAUGAGCUUGGCGUUGCCUUCUCCGGAGAGACAACGUAUGUCUCAACACAAUGCGAUCGUUCAAGAGUCAGACCGCAGAAUGCUUUUGAAUUCUUGGCCUCGAUUAUGGGGCAAUCAGUUCAACGUGCUGACUUAUGGAGCCAAAGGUGAUGGCCAGACUUGUGACACUAAGGCCUUUGAAUUAGCAUGGCUUGGUGCAUGCACAUAUGCUGGUGGUGUGAUGGUCGUUCCCGCAGGAUACGUUUUUCUGGUCGGUCCCAUCAUGUUUAAGGGACCUUGCAGCACAAAUACCCUUGUUCAGGUGGAUGGCACCAUAUUAAGCAUGCCCUCAAAUUCAACUGAGUGGCUUGAGUCAAAAAAAAUAUGGUGGUUGAAGUUCGUGGGUUUGAAUGGACUCACCAUCAUGGGAUCAGGUUUAAUCAACGGCAAUGGAGCUUCUUGGUGGUGCAACUCCUGCAGAAGGGCGGAGGUUCUACCCAAAAGAUGCAGAGCGCCGACUGCAGUAAAAAUCACCCAGAGCACCAACGUUGUAGUGAAGGAGGUCACCAUCCAAAAUGCUGCGCAAGCACAUUUGGUGUUUGAGACCUGUUCACGAGUGCUCGUGAAAGAAGUGAAGGUGAUAGCUCCAGAAGAUAGCCCCAACACAGAUGGUAUAAGCUUUGCCGAUACUCAGAAGGCCACUGUCGAGUAUUCAGAAGUUUCUACUGGCGAUGACUGUGUUAGUAUCAAGUCUGGAUCAUUUGAUAUCAUCAUUCAUCACUUCAAGUGCGGGCCUGGAGCUGGAAUCAGCAUUGGAAGCCUAGGCGCGAAGGGAACAACUAGCUGCGUUUCCAAUAUCAAUGUGUACAAUGUAACUGUUGAAAAUGCUUCCGGUGCUGUGCGCAUGAAAACUUGGCAGGGAGGAUCUGGAUAUGUCAGCAAAGUCUCCUUCGAAAACAUUAGAGUCAGAAAUGUGAGCCAUCCUGUGGUCAUCGACCAAUACUACUGCGAUACAGCGAAAUGCAGGAAUCAUGCGACAAAAGCUGUAGCGAUCUCGGAUGUGAAAUUCAGGAACAUCGUCGGAAGCUACGACCCAUCGUACAAAGCUGUUUCCCUGGCUUGCAGUGAGAAAGUGCCAUGUACCGGCAUCAGUAUGGUAAAUGUAAACCUGUGGCCCAUUCAUGGAUCGAGAACGAGCCCGACAUUUAAAGGCGGAUCUUUCUGCCAUAAUGCAUAUGGAAGUGUUGAUGGCUACUCAUCCACAGUCGGCAUUGAAGAUUGUUUGUCAACCCCUAGUGAUAUUUGGUGGAAAUCAGCUCUCACAGCAAACAGAUUACUUUGCCCACGGUUUUAAUUUUUUUAUGUGAAUGAAUCUCAAUUUCAGCAUGAAAGCUGCAAGUCGUUCCUAGUAAACUCGCUAUCAGGAAAUCCCCAAUUUCCAUCCUCCUCUGGACAAUACUUGAAUCGAACACGUCGACAACAAAAUCACCAGGAGGAAGAAUGCUGGAACUUCUGUUCGGGGAGUGUAUAUAGGUGCAUCAUAGGAGUUAGUGGUUUAUCAGAGAUUGUAGAGUUGGUUUGGCUACUCAAGCUCGAACUCUUCUUUUUCCUCAAGAAAUCAGUUUUGAUGAUUUGGAAGAAGAAGCAGUAGGAGCAUGAGUACAACUCCCGGUGGCAUCAGUAGUGUAACUUCAAAUCUAAAAAGAGUAGAGGGGUGGCAUGUGCAUUUAGCGGGUCUGGAGAUGUAGCGGAUUGAGGUCGCCUCUCAGCUCUCUCAGAUACACUUUUGCAGUUAGAGCCCCAACGUUAGCACGAUCUUCUUCACCCAUUGCUCUGAGGAUGCAGUUGACCAAGUGAGUGCAUCUGCUCUGUGUCUUCUGUCCAACACAGGCCUUGUUCUGUUAAUAGAACUAGGGCGCCUGAGGGCUUUAUAGAGGUAUAUUCAGGCAUACAUUCACUAACUGCCACCUGCUGAGGAGCCUGGCAGGUUCUAGUGGUUGUAAUAAAGAUCGAAAAAGGAAACUCUUGUCACAUGAAGUCUUGUCUCUU